UUAUGGUAAAUAUUUGCAGGCAGCGAAUAGAAGGAAGAUGACAACGGCGAUCAGGAUCACAUAACCGAUGAAUUUCGUGUUAUCUGGUCGAAUAUGAUCGUGUGGACGAGGAGCAGGCCAAAUCACAACUGGCUGUUGGGCGUACAGACCACAGUGCUCACAUCGUUUGCCGGUAUGCUCGACUGAUUUCUCUGAAAACAUUAACAACUGAUUAA